AUGGCUCCUCUUUCCUACUCCAAGACCUCGCGCGUCCCGCGUCGCCCCUUCGAGGCCGCCCGUCUUGACUCCGAGCUCAAGCUCGUUGGCGAGUACGGUCUCCGCAACAAGCGUGAGGUCUGGCGUGUCCAGCUCACCCUCUCCAAGAUUCGUCGUGCUGCUCGUCAGCUCCUUACUCUUGACGAGAAGGACCCCAAGCGUCUCUUCGAGGGCAAUGCGCUCAUUCGCCGUCUCGUCCGUGUCGGUGUUCUCGACGAGUCCCGUAUGAAGCUCGAUUACGUCCUUGCCCUUAAGGUCGAGGAUUUCCUUGAGCGCCGCCUCCAGACUUGCGUCUACAAGCUCGGUCUCGCCAAGUCCAUCCACCACGCCCGUGUCCUGAUCCGCCAGCGCCACAUCCGCGUCGGCAAGCAGAUCGUGAACGUCCCCUCGUUCAUUGUCCGUCUCGACUCGCAGAAGCACAUCGACUUCGCUCUUACCUCGGCCUUCGGCGGCGGUCGCCCUGGUCGCAUUCGUCGCAAGAAGGCCAAGUCGGCUGAGAAGAACGACGAUGGUGAGGAGGAUGAGGACGAAGAGUAA